AUGAGGAUGGAGAACCAGAGCAGUGUGUCCGAGUUCCUCCUCCUGGGGCUCCCUAUUCGGCCAGAGCAGCAAGGCAUGUACUACGCCCUGUUCCUGGGCAUGUAUCUGACCACGGUGCUGGGGAACCUGCUCAUCAUCCUGCUCAUCAGGCUGGACUCUCGCCUCCACACCCCCAUGUACUUCUUCCUCAGCCACUUGGCCCUCACCGACAUCUCUUUCUCAUCUGUCACUGUCCCAAAGAUGCUAAUAAGCAUGCAAACUCAGGAUCAGUCCAUCCCUUAUGCAGGAUGUAUAGCACAGAUGUAUUUUUUCAUAUUUUUCACUGAUCUGGACAAUUUCCUUCUCACUUCAAUGGCAUAUGAUAGGUAUGUGGCCAUCUGUCACCCCCUGCACUAUGCUAUCAUCAUGAGAAAGGAGCUAUGUACCCUGCUAGUAGCGGUGUCUUGGAUCCUGUCCUGUGCCAGCGCCCUGUCUCACACCCUCCUCCUGGCCAGGCUGUCUUUUUGUGAUGGCGACACCAUCCCCCAUUUCUUCUGUGACCUUGCUGCCUUACUCAAACUCUCAUGCUCAGACACCUCCCUCAAUGAACUGGUCAUUUUCACCCUAGGAGUGGCAGUCGUCACUCUACCUCUGAUGUGCAUCCUGAUCUCUUAUGGCCGCAUUGGGGCCACCAUUCUCAAAGUUCCAUCUAGCAAAGGGAUCUGCAAAGCCUUGUCCACCUGUGGCUCCCACCUCUCUGUGGUGUCUCUAUAUUAUGGCACAAUUAUCGGAGUUUAUUUCUUCCCCUCUUCUGGCACCUACAGUAACAAGGACAUAGUUGCUUCUAUUAUGUACACAGUGGUCACCCCACUGUUGAAUCCCUUCAUUUAUAGCCUUAGGAACAGAGACAUGAAGAGAGCUGUGGAGAAACUCUUAAAUAAGGCAACAGCCUUGUCUCAAUGA